AUGAGUGAUAGAGUUCAGGUGAAAGUGCUGUUCUUUGCAAAGUGUCGUGAAUUGGCUGGAGUUUCGAGUGUUUUGCAUUGUGUACCGCACAGAGUUGAUCAGAAGACACUUGUAGAUGAGAUUUGUGAUAAAUUCGGUUUAACUGCAAUCAAGGAGAAUUUAAUUGUAGCCAUAAACGAGGAAUAUUGCUCAGGGGAACCAGCAGAAUUUAUUGAACUAAAGGAAGGUGACGAAAUUGCCCUCAUCCCACCCAUUUCCGGGGGAUAA